AUCACGUGGCCGGUGAACACAACAGAGUGAUAAGUAAAUAGAAAAAAAAAUACUACCAAACUUGAUGAAUGAAACAUGAAAUGCUGAAGUCAUCGAUAAGCGCGUUUCGUUUCCAUCGAUCAACGGUAAAAUUUAUCAGUUAUACGAAAAACAAGUUAAUACGUGACUACACGAAAGGCCAAAAAAUGGUCAAGUUUUUGGGACAAACUGAGGCGAUAAACAUCGAUAAGGAAUUAUUCGAAAAAUACAAAUUUAGCGUUGAUCAGCUGAUGGAAUUAGCUGGUCAAAGUUGCGCCGUUGCAAUAGCAAAAUGUUAUCCUUUGCGAGAAAAUUCUUCAAAUUCUAUACUCGUGUGUUGCGGUCCAGGAAAUAACGGAGGAGACGGUCUGGUAUGCAGUCGACAUUUAAAAUUGUUUGGCUAUGAGCCUGAAAUUUAUUAUCCAAAGAAAACGAAAAACGAGCUGUAUCAAAAUUUGACCCAUCAAUGCAUUGAGAACGGCAUUCCUCUCUUGGAAAAGAUUUCAGACUUUAGACCGUUAAACAAAUACCUGCUUAUCGUCGAUGCUUUGUUCGGAUUUAGCUUUAAGCCACCUGUCAGAGAAAGUUUCAAAGAAAUAAUGGAUGUUUUAAAAAAUACAAAUGUCCCCAUAUGCAGCGUUGACAUUCCGUCUGGUUGGAACGUUGAAACUGGCCCAUCCGAAAGCGAUAUUAACCCUGAAAUGUUGAUAUCAUUGACUGCACCAAAGUUAUGCGCUCGUAAUUUCAAAGGAAAAUAUCAUUAUUUAGGAGGGCGUUUUGUUCCAAAAAAAUUGGAAUUUGAAUACCAGUUGAACCUUCCCGAAUAUCAUGGAACUGACAUGGUCGUUGCUUUGCAAUAAAAUACUUUUUUAUAACUAUUAUCAAAAUCGAGUGUUAUUUUUUUCCUGAAACUUACAAUACCGUAUUAAAAAUUUCCGAACUAUGUUAAGAACAAUGGGAACUGCCUUCAUAACUCACUUUACCACAAAG